UGAAGUCGUGGAGAUAUCUGCGUAGGUUCCAAUUGCCAAAACUCACGCUUUUUAACUGAAAACCUUUUCUUGGUUUCCUUCAUCCCAAAUUCUCAGAAUGAUGAACUCCUAAAGAGAAAAAAAAAACACACAGUCACACAGUUCAUCUCAAAUCCAAAAAGAAUAAAAAAAACGCGAAUACAGGGCUUUAUAAUCCAGUUUAUAUCACAGAUUACAGUAUUAAUAAAGAUUCGAUGGCCGGCCCUUCGUUGAUGGAUUCCCUCUUCCAACGUUCAUUAGAAGAUUUAAUCAAGGGCAUCCGUCUCCACUCCGGUGCCGGCGCCGGAGAAUCGUCCACCUUCAUCUCCAAAUGCCUCGACGAGAUCCGCCGCGAGAUCAAAGCAACCGACCCACAAACCAAAACCACCGCUUUACAGAAACUAACCUAUCUUCACUCCCUCCAUGGCGUGGACAUGUCCUGGGCAGCAUUUCAUUCAAUCGAGCUCUCAUCUUCUACGAAUUUCCACUCCAAACGGAUCGCUUAUCUUGCCGCCUCACUCUCCUUCAACCCGUCAACUGAAGUCAUCCUUCUGCUCACUCAUCAGCUGAGAAAAGACUUGUCUUCCGCCAACCCACAUGAGGUGAGCCUUGCCCUGCAAACGCUUUCCUCAAUCUGUACUCCUGAUUUAGCUCGGGAUUUAACUCCCGAACUGUUUACUUUGCUCAAUAGUAAUAAGGGUUUUAUUAAAAGGAAAGCUAUUGCUACUGUUUUAAAGUUUUUUGAGCUGUAUCCGGAUUCUGUUAGGGUCUGUUUUAAGAGGUUAGUUGAGAAUUUAGAAAGUUCUGAUCCGGGUGUUGUUUCUGCGGUUGUUGGAGUGUUCUGUGAGUUGGCUGUUAAAGAACCCAGAUCAUAUUUGCCUUUGGCCCCUGAGUUUUACAAGAUUUUGGUCGACUCCAGGAAUAAUUGGGUGUUGAUUAAGGUUUUGAAAAUUUUCGCCAAGUUGGCACCGUUGGAACCUAGAUUGGGUAAAAGGGUUGUGGAGCCGAUUUGUGAGCAUUUGAAGCGAACUGAGGCAAAGUCGUUGGCUUUUGAGUGUAUCCGGACAAUCCUAACUGCUUUGAGCCAGUAUGAAGCGGCUUUGAAGCUUGCGGUGGGGAAGGUUCGUGAGUUUUUGGUGGAAGAUGAUCCGAAUCUUAAGUAUCUUGGAUUGCAAGCGCUUGCGAUUGUUGGACCUAAGUAUUUGGAUGCAAUUUUGGAGAAUAAGGAAAUGGUAAUUAAGUCUUUGAGUGAUGAUGAUGUAAAUAUUAAGCUUGAAGCCUUAAAGCUUGUGAUGGCAAUGGUAUCCGAGGACAACAUCACAGAAAUUUGUAGAGUUUUGAUGAACUAUGCUAUCAAGUCUGACCCUGAUUUCUGUAAUGAGAUUUUAGGGUCUAUCUUGUCGACUUGUUCGAGAAAUUACUAUGAGAUGAUUAUCGAUUUCGAUUGGUAUGUUUUGCUUCUUGGGGAAAUGUCAAGGGUUCCACAUUGUCAAAAGGGACAGGAAAUUGAGAAUCAGCUUGUAGAUAUUGGCAUGAGGGUCAGAGAUGUUAGACCUGAGCUUGUUCGAGUUGGUCGGGAUCUCUUAAUUGAUCCUGCAUUGCUUGGAAAUCCUUUCAUCCAUAGAAUUUUAGCAGCUGCUGCUUGGGUUUCUGGGGAGUAUGUUGAGUUCUCAAAAAAUCCAUUUGAGCUCAUGGAAGCACUCUUACAGCCACGGACCAAUCUUCUUCCACCAUCAAUACGGGCAAUAUACAUUCAGUCCUCCUUUAAAGUGUUGGCAUACAGUGCAUAUUCUUAUUUCUUCCCUGACGAAGUUGUUGCCCAAUCAAGCCAUGAAUUGGCCGGUUCAUUACAUAAUGUGGAAAGUUCUGAUUACUUAAGUGGGGCAGCAGUAACGGAUACCGAUCCAGAUCAGAGCUUUAAUCCAAGAAUGCCACAUGAAUCACUCAGAGAUAACUCUGUAGACAAGGGUAAGGAUAUAAUCACUGACUGUGAGAAUGUCCCUACAGCGUCUCUGAAGAUGGAUCGUUAUCCCCAAGAUUCUUUCGCUCAGAUGUUAAAUAUUGUAGACAUGACAUUUACCCCAUUGCUAGGUUGUCAUGAAGUUGAAAUACUAGAUAGAGUUACGAAUGUGCUCGGUUUAGUUGAGUUGAUUCGACUUGAAAUACGUGGCUGUGAAAUCCAGAAGGAAGUAGAUAAUGUGAGGGAAGAACUAAAAGCUGCUCAAGUCAUCAGACUGAUGCAUAAUGCCUUUUCCGAGGAGCUUGGUCCAGUUUCAUUGAUGGCCCAGGAGAGGGUACCUCUUCCUGAUGGAUUAGAGCUCAAGGAAAACUUAAGUGAUAUAGAUGAAAUAUGUGGUAAUUUUACAAUAACUAUUUCCAGUUCCUUCAACCUGGAAAGGCCUUGGUCCCGGGAAAAGGAUGCCAUCAUUUUGUCAGAGCAUCAAAACAAAGAAGUUGUUGAGCAAUCAAAUGAUUCAACCUCUGUGUUGACUGAGCACCGAAAACGGCAUGGGUUAUAUUAUCUUCCAUCAGAGGAGAAGGAAACAGUGUCGAGUGAUUAUCCACCUGCUAACGACCUCAGUUUGCCAGAUAAAACGAACGAUCAGACAGACGAUCUUUUUAAGCUUACAGAGCAAUCACUUGUUCCUAAGAAAAAGCCAACUGCAAAACCGAGGCCUGUGGUUGUGAAAUUGGAUGAUGGAAAUAGUAUACACAUUGUGGAGAAAAAGCCGGAGAUGAAAGAGCAUCUAAUUUCUGAUGCAGUGAGAGAUGUGCUUCUGGGGAAUGAUGCUGCACCGUCAUCAUCUCGCACUACCAAGUCUGACAAAUUGUCAAGUAGGGUAACUCGGAAGGACUUGCUAGUAAGUGCAACAGAGCAAGAUUCAACUACUCUUGGGAGGUCUGAUAAGAACUCAAGGAGGAAUAAACACCGUAGCCAUGGUAAAGAGAAGAGCCAUAAAAGUUCAACUAAGGUGGCUGGUGAUCCUGAAGAGAAAAGCAAGCCAAAGAGUUCUCAUUCUCAUGGCAAGCAUAAGUCACGGCAACGAGCCAAUAGUGCUGUGAAUGUUGCUGCACAAUCUCCGGUGAUUCCUGACUUUCUUUUGUAGCAUUUAGGAUUGGCAUAUUUAUUUUCUUUUGUUCUCUAUGACAUUUAAACUCUUUUUUCUUUUUUGCAUCCUAAUUUUGGGGUCCCUUGUUGUACAUUUUCUAGAAGUUUUUGAUAGGAAUUCUGGUGGUUUGAACUUUCUAUUCAUUUGUUGAAUUGUUUCUUUAUGUACAAAGAAAUAUGAGUUUCAGUCAAUACAGAAUGAGUGGAUCACGGAUUGAGUUCUUUUUAUUCUUUGAUUUAUCUCCUUGUUUGGAUACCUUGCUUUUACUAUUAUUCAGCAAUUACUCGAAACGUGGUUUUUAAAGGACAAGUUAACUAUUUUGCUUUUAAAGUCGCAUGUCAGAAUGUACCUACUGUGUUGGUUUAUCUUUUAUACUUAAAACUAUGUGAUUGGCAAGUAGGAAUGAAUCUGAGAUUUGAAUGGCAUUAGCUUUUGUUGAAGGUGUUAGUGGAUUUUUCUGAUGGUGCUGAAUUCAUCUCUUGGAUAUUUUAUAGUAGUGGCCAGUGGAGAAAAAAAGGGAUAAGCUUUCCCACAAGCCAGAAGUAGAUAUCAUCAGAUAGUUCAAAUGGCUGUUUUUGAAUGUAUAAAGUAUCUACCGAUUUGACUGCCCUUUUAUUUCUUAUCUGUAAUAUUUGAGUUUCUUGCUGCUUUGUAAACUUCAUUUCUGCCACAUUCAUAUACAUAUAUGUUGCUGGAUAAGCUGGUGUGUGAUUGCGUUUCUGUGUUCUGUUAUUCGGGAUUGCAGCCAAGCUGCAUAUGAAAGAUUCGGUAUCGUGCUUGGUUUUCUGUUUUACUGACCUGAUAACAUUUGGAGUAAGAUCAAGACACAAAAGCUUAUGCAUGCAUUAUCCCUUUUCUUCAACCUUUGGCCAUUUAUCGUGGACAAUAUCAGAUAUUACCUGUUGUAGUUUACUUUUUUGCUCUAGCAGCAGAAAAGGUAUGUCUGAUAUUACCUGUUGUAGUACUUUUUUGCUCUAGCUGCAAUAAAGGUUGAUGAAAUUCCUUAAUGAGGUUUGGAAAUGGAACAUAGAUGACUUUGCUGAUAGGAGUCCGCUAAUCCAUAGCCAGGAGAACAUAUGUCCUGUAAAUCUUAACGCCCAUUGUUCCUUUUGUUUUGCCUUUUGGGGGUAUCUAUCUCAUAAAUGAAGUUGGGAUUUGGCUCUGCUCUUUGCCUCAGACAGAUUAGGGGGAUCAGGGUGGGACUACCUUGUAACUUCUGUACUAUACUUUGAAUUAUCAAAUAUCUGAGUCUCUAUACUUAAAGAUUGAAUAAUUACUGUUGGUGCAAAAAAUAAUCCCUUAUUAUCAUCAAACUUCUGAUUGGCA